UUCGAACGUUUUUCGAGAAUUUUGUCAUAAAAAUAAAGGUGAUAAGAGCAAAUUAUCAUCAUCUGCAACUCCCGUCCCGUCGCUCCCGUUGCGAAAGUAGGCCGGAAAAGUGUAAAAAACUUGGAAAACCGCAACGCGAAGAAACACCAAAGAGAUGGUCGCCCUUUUGCUGAGAUGAUCAGCUGAUAGACGCCAAAUUAUUGGAGGACCAAUCAGAAAUCAGAAUCAGAAAGCCGAUUCUUUUUCCGAAAAGCGCUACUUUUUUGGGUAAAUUUUCUUUAAAAAAAGAGCGGACAGACCACGGAAAAGGAUUAUCUUUUCCCUUUACCUAAAAAGGAUACUUCGAGCUCCGGCUCCGGAAAACACUCACCCUGCUCUCAUUCAACCACAGAGUGUACAGAAAUCUGCGGCAGAAAUUCGGGUCUCCUAAAAUCAAAACCGCAGAAACCGCCUGGACCUUAAGGCAAGAUCCUGCAAUUAGGGUUACGGAUAGUAGGCGAUACCAAAGGGAACGAACACAUUGCAUCCAAGAGUUUCAUGUCACAUCCGGAACAUCAUCGUUGCAGAGAAAUAAUAGUCAAUCUAUAAUAUCAACAAUAACCGCUUUAUAAACAGCAAAACAUCUCAACAGAGCAAAAACAUACUACAAUGCACUGAAAAUUGAGGCAUGUGGCAAAAACCGUACUGGCGUUAAUCCUCACUGAAGAAGAAAAAGAAAAGAUCUUGCCACGAUGAGUAACCGCCACCAGCCUAAAAUAUUGCUCAAACCUCGGGAUAAAGAUUUGCUGCCGAUAACUGCAUCGUCUAACAAGAUCGUAGGAAAGAAAAACCCUACUAUUUUAACGUCUGGUGCUUCCGCGUUUUCCACGAUAAAAGAGCGCCCAACCUCGACUGGCAGCACGAGCGGCAAUAGUAUUGAUUAUAAACAUGCACCGCCAGCGGCAGCUCUCCCGGAUGCAUCGAUGUUCAACCCAACUAUGAGUAGUUCGUUGACUCUCAUAAGGAACCAAAAUGCUUUCAACUAUCGUGUGCUAGAUUUUCUGCACGAAACUAAUCAAGAUUACAUUGUUGUCGGCGUUAUUGGUGCGCAAGCUGUUGGAAAAUCGACGGUGUUAAAUAUGCUCAACCAGCAUCUAUUCACCAGGGAACCGACGAAAACAAGCUACACGGAUAACGUGUUUCCAGUUCACGAUAAAAUAAACAUCUUUGGAGAUAAUGAAGUGAAAAUGUUCAUUACUGAGGAUCGAUUAGUACUUCUCGACUAUACAGAACCAAUGAUCGGCCAAAUAAGAAAAGAUUUCAUUCAGCACGAACAAGAUGAACUCAAGCGAAUGAUGCUUCUUCUUAAAAUAUGCCACGUUUUGCUGAUAGUGCAGGAAGAAUACUACAAUAUUCGUAUUAUGCGCUCGCUGGUAUGUGCCAAAAUGAUGAGCCAAAAUAUCGACCCCAUGAAGUUCGUUUUCAUCAGAAAUAAGGCUGUUGAGCACAGCAGUACAGGCUCAGAUGCCCGAACAUUGAUGUUACAAUUGUACCAGCGUAUUUUCAACGAUCAACAUGAUGCCUCCAACGACAGACAGGAAUCGAUAAGCUUUGUCGAGAUUCCGAUUCUAGAGAAAGGAAGCACCAUGCAGCACAAUGAACACCUCAAAAGAGCCCUAUUUCAUUUACGAAAGUGUAUUUUUAGCUGUCGAGCGGCUAUUGUGAACAAAAACUGCUCUGAAAAGGCUUGGGGUCAUGCAUUACUAAAGUUGAUCGACAAUCCGGAGAGCAACUUUUUCCUAGACAAGUAUGAGAAACUGAAAGAAAAAUACAACUUGCACAACCAUGUUAAAAUUACAGAUAAUUUGUAAUAAAAACCCGCAUUGAAUCCCUAGUUUUU